GGAACUGGUGAUCCUUCUCCGCGAUACUUCUUUGAAAUAGUUGGGUUCUUUCAUUUUCUUCCGUUCCACAUAUUUCCUAGUUUGUUUCUUAGGGCAGUUAUCCAUAACUCUUACGCUAUUGACGAAGAAUUUGUUGUAUUAUUAGUGGUUUUCCAUUUUGGUUACGAGUUCAUCAAUAUUCGCGAAAUAUUGCUUGACCUACAGGUUUGA